AUGUCCCAACAACCUACAUCCAUGCUCUCACUCCUCACUGAUUCCUCUCCUACUUUGUUGCAACCACCGAUCACAAGUGGAAGAUCCAAUUCAUCAUCAAGCUAUGCAUUUGCAAAUUCACUUUCUUCACCCAAUUCAAAUACGUCACUUUUGAACUUGAUACAACCAACUGGAAAUGCUUUAACUGAUACCAAUAUUACUGCACAUGUAUUGGGACAUGGUCCUACCAUUGUCAAACAACAACAUCCCACAGUUUUAUCAAGGACUAUUAGUAGUAACGGAACAACAAGUAAUUCUGCUGGUUUUGCUCAUCCUUUGCCAGCUGAUUUUUAUCUUCCAAAAAACAUUCCUCAACAAGUGUGCAUUCUCAUUGAUACAACAGGUGGAAUGAGACAAUAUUUUGGUGAUUUUCUAAAGAAAAUUAUUUUGCCCUAUUUGGAACAGUUGAAAAACAACAAUACAGAAUAUGGAGCAGUAUUAUUUCAAAAUCAUCCACCGUUUGGGGAUUUUAUGGUUAAAGUCAUACCUUUCAUACGGCAAUACAAUACAUUUACAAGCAUUUUAGAAGAUUUGAAAGAAAAAUUUCAUGCUGGAGGUGUCUGUGAAAGCUGUGUGACAGAAGCUAUGGCUGCAUCACUCACCGAUUUACAGUGGGAAAAAGAAUGUCUCAAAUAUUGCCUAAUUUGCUCUUCCACUCCAGUCGACCAUCCUUGUACCUUACCCGGACCAUAUUCUGGAAAAACUGCAAGCUAUCUAGCUCGUGAAAUGGCUCAUAAGAAAGGAAUAAUUGUCUCCUUCGUUGCUCCUUCCACUAACAAAAAUUGGAAACCUCUCUUUGAGAAUAGUCAAAUUGUUCAUACAAGCACCUCCAAGAAGGACAAAUCUAAGCAAGAAAACAUGAUGGAAGAUGAAACAAUAGAAUUACGAGUUGUGAAUGGAACCAUUGAAGGCUCAAAUCUUUCAAGAAAUGCAUCCAACGACGAAAAAAUUAUUCGCUUAAUACUUGAAAAGUCAUCAAAAACAACCUCUUCAAAGAAGGAACUUGUUGAAUUUAAGCCUGCAUUUAUUGAACUGAGAGGUCUACAAUUGAAUCUUUCACAGCAAAAUGCACCAAGCACCACUGUUCAACCUCUGGUUCCACUCAAAACUGCCACUACUACAGCAACAACAACAGCUGGAGGACCCAACAACUCGACAAUUGUCAUUUCAUCUCCUCCCCUAGGUACCACCACUCCAGCAUCCAACACGGCAACAUCCAAAACUGCAACGACCACAUCGAAACCACCAACCAAAGCCACUACCAUAGCUCCCAAAGUAAGUACGUCUCAAUCUUCACAGGCAUCAACAACGUCGAGCACCUCCUCUCCAGAAAAGUCCUCUUCAACCACUACCACUCCUUCCAAUGUGACCACUCCUCCACAGCAACCACAGACGACAAGUGGCAGCACACCACCACAACCGCCAGUCAAACCAACCACUUCUCCACCCCAGGUGACAUCAUCAUCUGCCACUAGUACAGGUUCUGGUCUUGAUAGUGCUCACAGUACAGGCUCUCCUUCUCUUCACUCCAUUACCUUUUCUAUUGAUCCGAAUGCCAAUGCUCUCUUCACACUCGACCUCAUUCACAACAGUUAUAUCAACACACCUGAUUAUCCAGAUCAAGCCAAACUCUUCAUCACAAAGGCGCCAAAAGCAUGUGAUAUCAAACGAGUUGCCCAUCAAGCUAUGCCUAAUACUCUCAAACCGUGCCUCGACAGGCUUUCCUUCUUUUAUUUGUGGAAACCCAAAGAUGAAGCUCCCCGUUUCGAAGGUUUCUACAAAACUGUGAAUGAAAAACAAUUUUUGAUUGCUGUACCCGUACCUUCACCGCCUCGUGACAAUGAACAGCAAGAAGCUCAACAAAAUGUUCGAUUUUUGGUUUUUAUCACCAGUGAAUUAUACAAGGCAAACAAAUCUAAGGAAAAUACUAAGGUCGCUUAUCAAGACAUUCCCGACAAGCUAUUUCUUUCAUAUGUUGUGGAUAAAACGACUCUGAGUGGAAUGGUCAAGCCAAGUACUAAAACCACCAGUGGUCAACCUUCCUCAGUGCCUGUGACACAACCACCAAGACAACCCACUCCUAACUUGCAACCAGCCACUUCUGCUACUAAUCCAUCCAAUGCAACGGGUGUCACGCCAUCAUCACAAAUGACAGGAAUGUUACCUGUAUCUGGUACGGCAACAACGGGAAGUUCAACGACUGUGGAUGCUUCUGCUCUUGCGUUGGCUUCUACUCUUCAAGGAGUUGGAGGCAAUACGACAAGACUUGGCAUACCUCCAAAUACAUUCAUUGCAAAUGGUAUGCCACUUGUGUACAAUCCUUUCUUUUCUCAAGGAAUUAUGAUGAUGCCAGGAGGCACUCAGUUCUUACUGAAUCCUAACAUGUUGGGAGGUAUGUUGCCGACAACGACUGGAGCAGGAACUCAACCCAAUGCUCAACAGUCCAAUGCAGGUAACACUGGAAAUGCACAACCCAACAAUGCCAAGAAAUAA